AGAAAAACAAGAAGAAGACAUUUUGGGCGACGCCUGGCAGCCGCCCUCCCCGUGUUGCUGUAGGUCAGGGGUUGACAGUAGCUCGCUUUGAGCGUGCCACCUGAAUGAGAAGCUGCAGAGCGGCGCAUUUAAAGAAACACUAAGUAACAGAAACACCACUAACCCACAGUCAUCCCGAUGGACGCUGCUCAGAGUUUGUCAGGAUUUUCCCUGGACCUGGGACCAUUGAAAGAACCUCUUGGGUUUAUUCGUGUCUUGGAGUGGGUUUUUGCCAUCUUUGCUUUUGCCACCACUGGAGGGUAUUCUGGAACAACACACAUCAAUGUCUCAUGUCCCCUCAAGCCCUCUCAGGAUGUCCCAGCUACGUUUGGUUACCCGUUCAGGUUGUCAUCAAGACCAUAUCACCUUCCCAUUUGUAACAGCAGUCAGACCAACAUUACCUACCUGCAGGGUGACUUCUCCUCCUCGGCUGAAUUCUUUGUCUGCGUUGGUGUGUUUGCSUUUCUUUAUUGCACCGCCACACUGAUUCUCUACCUGGGGUACCAGAGUGUCUACCGUCAGACCAGUCGUGGUCCCAUCAUUGACCUGCUGGUGACUGCUGCUUUUGCCUUCCUAUGGCUGGUGUCCUCCUCAGCCUGGGGCAAAGGUCUGACUGAUGUCAAGUGGGCCACGAACCCCAACCAUCUAGUAGAGUCAUGUCACUCCAUGUCAUGUCAUCCUGGAGAGUUUCCCUCUAUGGGCCGUCUAAACGCCUCUGUGAUUUUUGGAUUUUUGAACUUGAUCCUGUGGGCAGGUAACUGCUGGUUCAUCUACAAGGAGACCUCGUUUCACAAAGAUGCCAACCAACCAGCCACUUCGCAGGAAGGAGCUGCUUCUGGACCUUAACCAGAUAUCACUGAAGGGCCUUACAAGUUUUCUUUUGUCCACAGAAACACGUGCCUCACAAUGCUUUAUGUUAACCUGGUAAAAUGGAAACAAAAUGAAGCCAACUGUCAAUAAUUCACCAAAUUGCUCCAAAAUUAUAGCUUAAGGCAAUCCCUAAAAUAUGGACCUUUGUGRCCCAUUAGUCUUCAAAACAGUAAGUGCAAAUACAGGCUUUAUUGCUUUCACAUUUUAUACAAGUUCAUCUUUUUAUCUUUAUAGCUAUGGUUUAAAAAUUAGUUUUUCAGUACAGUACACGUAGAGUGCAGUUGUCUUACUUUAAGGACUACUUUUUAAGGCAUCUGGUGGUCUGUUUCACAAACUAACAUGACCAAAUAUGACCACAGGAUAUAAUAUAAAAAGGCAGGCAUUUAGGGAAGAGAAAAUGUAAACAAAAGAAAAAUGUUCUUUAGUAAUCAGAACUUGUCAAUCACUUCAGUUUGAGUYAGAUGAAAGGUAGAAAUCUACUGAAAUACUAAUAUUGUUUGUUUUCAAUGUACUUGGAUUGUUUGUCCACACUACAGUUAAUUUUUUUUUUACUUUUGCAUUUAACAUGAUAAGGCAGGCAUUUUUUGGAUGUCAUUUUGAACACUAAUGUAUGAUUAGUUUUUUCAGCGUUGGGAGAAUGAGGCAGAAAACAGUUGAUUUAGUUUUCAGUGGAGUCGAUGCGUCAGGAAAAGCAUCUUCUAAUUUCGGUCUAAUGAAAAUGCGCUCAGAUGCCUCAGUAAACACUACGACGUAUUUGUUUGAACAAUCUUUUGCUAAGUGUGAUUUGCAGUGACAUUAUUUAUAUCCAGUUUGUGUUUUUUUAUGAACACUAAAAGUCCUGUGCAUGUUUGCCAAUGUCUUUCUGUAUUCCCAAAGAAAGCAUUUUAAGUGAAGUUUUUUUGUUUGUUUUUUUACUUUAAAUAUCUUUUGAAUUGGUUGUACUGCUGAGUUCAUUUGGCUUCAUUGUUAAGAUAAAUUGUUUCAACUUUGUAACAGACUAAACUUGAUUGAACUUGGUGCCUUAUGCUACUACUUGUGUUACACUUAACAUCCAAUUUAAGUUUCUGUUUUACAUUUUURCAAUCACAAGGCACUGUUUACUUAUUGCAUUGACUAUUUGUAAAGUWCUAAAACAGAUAUAUGGUAACUGGAGCACAAAUUUGAGGGCCUACUUGAGAUAAGUACGAAAAUAUAAUGUUUUGAAAACAAUUGAAAUUAGAAUCCUAAAGUCAGUUUUAAAGAUAUUAAAGUUUAUUUAGAGCAUAUUCAUGUGAGUGGUAAAUGUUUUUCGUUAUUGACAAUUAACUUUGUCUUAUCUUGUCUGCCUUGUUGUGCAAAAGAAAAACAAUUGUCAACUAUAAAACACAAGAACUACACAACUGCCAGAUGUUCAUGUUUGCUGCAAUAAAGUUAUUGCUUCAUUUUGACCAGCCUUA